AUGGCGUCGGGGAUGCUCUCAUACCUGCAGGCCCUGUGGCCGUUCUCUGCCCUCCUGAGGGAGGAGGACGACCUACGCGCGUCAGCGCGGCUGAUCGGGUCGCUCUCUGUGCCGGAGGAGACGAAGCAGUUCGUGCUCGCGCUCCGGGAGCCCGGCGGGUCGCCGCAGGACCGGCACCGGGACAGCGCCUGCGUGAUCUACAUCCUCGCCGCGCAGAACCUGUCGGAGCAGUCCGCCUCGGACGCCGAGCGCCUGAUCAGGGAGGUGCGACCGAGGGCCGUGGUCACCCAGGUCGCGCGCCCGGCCCUUGAAGACGUCCGGAUCGAGGAGGAUUGCCUCGCCGGCAAUGGAGGCGGGGGCAUUCCGGUACCGGCGUCGCCGUUUCAGGUGAUCAAGCGGUGCAUCACGGAGAAGAGGAGCAAGGACCAGUACGUCAAGGCUGCCGCGUGCCAGGUCCUGCAGGAGAUUUUUGGGGUCGGGUUUUAUGGCCAUCUGCUUGCUGCCAAGAGAGCUGCAGAGGAGACGGGUUCGUGUUUUCUAUUGCUUGAGUCUCCGUAUGAGAGGAAUUGUGGCGGGGUUGGAUCGUGCAGCCGGAAUAGUGCUGCAGACGAUAGCACAGCUCAGCCAUUACAGGCUAGUUGCUUGCUAGCUCACAGCACCACGGAUGAUGACUCAGGUUUGCAAUUGCAGGCUAACUGCUUGACCCCCGGGAGUGCCACUUCAAUUGUGAGAUCCCAUGGUAGGAAUAUAUGCCUUAUGGAUGAUAAUGGAGGACAACUGUUGAAGUCACUGGCACCAACUCUUAAUUUCUUGAUGUCCCAAGCAGUCUCAUCCAAUGCUGCCACUGAGUGCAGGCCAUCUGAAUGCAAGCCGACUGACAGAUACGAGGCUCCACCAUUUGCUCAGUCUGUCUACCCUUUACUUGCUGAUCUUUAUCAUAUAUUUGUUGAUAUUCCGUCGAUUGGUAGGGCUACGGCUUCUGCUCAGAAGCUGCUUACUCAAGUUCACGAGGGGAAGCCAAUCAGCAGUGAUAUGCUAUCUGAUGUGUACGUAUUUAGAAUUGCAAUAGAGGCCCUCAGGAUGGGUUUAAACAGUGCAGCAAGGUCCCAUAUUGAUACCAGAGAUAAACAUGGUUCAAAAGAUCUGGAUUUUUCAGAACUCCAAUCUGAUGAGAAGUGCCACAUUCUUCUUGUGCAAGCUCUCAGGAGUCAGCUAAGAGAGUUUGGUUCUGUGGUGGCUAUAGUUGACGCAAGCUGCUUAUCUGGAAUAAGGAGACAUUGGAACACCCCUGUUCCUUCAGAGAUUACUCAAUUAGCUAGCAGAUGCUUCAAUCACUUUGGUGCUGAAAAUGAUGAUAAAAUUGAGGUACCUUCGGCAGACAGCACUGAUAAAAAAAGUUGGAUAUCUGAGAAACCUGUGGUUGCUGUUGGUGCAGGAGGUACAGCACUCUUGGGCUUUUCAUCAUUAUCAAAAUCUAUUCAGGCUUCCGCCUUCCUUAAGCUCGCCCCUUACAAAAGUCCAGUGGUUCUAAAGUAUGGAUUGAUGCAGCUACAAAGACAUGCUGCUAUUGUAUUAAGCAAGAUGCUCCCUCAUGGGGUUGUUACUGCUGGCUCGAAGGCUUCUGCUUUGCAGUUCACAGCUUCAGCAGGGAAGAUCCGAGCGGUGGCACACACUGUAAUAUCAUCAGCUGAGAGAACAAGCUUAUUGGCUAUGCGAACUUCAUUCUACGAAAUAAUGCAGAAGAGGCAUAGGCAGCCUUUCAGAAUAACUCCUUGGGCAACAUUUGGCUGCAGCAUGGUUGCAUGUGCUGGCCUUGUGAUGCAUGGAGAUGGGAUCGAGUGUGCAGCCGAGGCAGCACCUUCUGUUCCCAUGAUUGCUUCUCUGGGCCGUGGCCUUGAGAGCUUACGGCUCACAUCCCAGGAGGUGAGACAAACAAAGGGCCAAAAUGUGAAAGAAGCUUUGCGAGCAUUAAUGAACAGCUUGAAGAAAUCAGCGAAAUAA